CCUGACCUUGGGCUUCGGCUGGUCCUUGGCUUUGGUCAUACCGUCAUGUCUGUCCUGCUGCUGAGGAGCCUGACCGGCUCGGCCUGGUGGCUCACGGUGCCGCCGGUUCAGGUCCACUCAAAGCCGCUGCAGGAGCAGCUCAGGGUCCUGGAUAUCACCAUUCGGCUCACUUCCCGCUUCAUGUGUUGUCUUCCGCCUGCGGUCUGGGUCCUGAGCUACAAGAAGCAGGAGUAAAGGGAGCUGUCUUUCCCUCACCCUUUGACUAGACCACUCUUGCCAGCCCACCUUGAUCAUGUUUCCUGCAUUCCUGGCUGGACUUCCCCGGGAUUCAUGUUAUUCAAUUCCAGUCACCUCUUCUGCAAUCAAUGACCUCUUGAUGUCUCCAUGGUGACAAGUGGGAUCACAUAUAUUGGUUCUGCUUGGUGGGGUUCCCCCUUUGUAACAAUAAAGUCUAUUUAAACUU